AUGACAAAGAUCAAGGUGGAAAACUUCCAUUAUUUCUGGAUUGAAGGAACGGCAGCUUCGGAUAUUAAAACAGCUACUGGGCAGAAGUGGCUUCUUAAGCCCCUCCUUAAAGGCACAGGCACCCUUUUAAUCCAGGCAGGGCUGGCUCUGCUCCCAAGCGGGCCCUCCUCCGACCUGAACCUCCUCCCAGGCGCCGGGGAUCCCUUUCUGACGCUCGCCCUCCUCCUGGCGACACGCGUUAAGCAGCUCCUGCUGCAUUCACACGUUACGCGCCUCCAUUCCCGGGUCAGGAGGUCUCGCGCCGCCUCCUUCACGCCCCCCUCCUUUGGGACCUCCCUUUGCACGUGUUUCCUUCCCUCCCGGGGAGCGGUCCGCGCUCAGUUGGGUCCAGGAGGAGGGCGACACGCGUGUACACAGCCAUGUCUGCCGACCCGGGUCGUGCGAACGGCGUUCCUGGGGUUCCUCCCAGCGAAUCGGACCCCCUGCGCCGCCGGAGGUACACGCAGGACAAUUUCGUUUGGCUUUAAGAAAUGGAAGAGCCACGUGACGGAGCGGCCCUGGGAAGACCGCUCCGAGAUUGUGAAGGAGCUCUACUCCGACCUCAACGUCGUCCGGAGCCCUUCAGGCUCCAUGCUGACAUUUGGGAACCUGCUCUACUUGCUGUUCUUUGGAUGGUGGCUGGCCUUGCUCUACCUCCUGGUCUCCCUCUUGAUGUUCCUGACGGUGCUGGGCGCUCCAUACGGAAAGCUUUGUUGGAAACUUGCAGGCUAUUUCCUUUGGCCUUUUGGGAAAGUGAUUCAGAAGACGAGGUCUUACAACCACAACUGCAAUGUGAAGUUCUGCAAGUACGACGUCAUUCCCGAAGGCAAGGAGGCCAACCCGCUCCUGACACGGCAGGAGGAACCGGUGAAGCCAGACCCCGACACUCACUGGCGCCGCCCCAGCACUGUGGUCUGGCUCCUCUCGGGCUACCCGUUCCUCUGCGUGGCCCACAGCCUGAUCUGCCUGGUCUCCUGGCUCCUGGUCUUCAACAUCCCCAUCGCCAAGAUGAAUGCGCGCGCCAUCGCCAGGGUCCUGCUCCUGCCCCCGGAGCGCGUCCACAUCCAGAGCCUCCGGAAGACUUCCGUGCUCCUGGAUGCCGAAGUGGUCCUUUGCUGCUACCGCGCUUGCAACGCUUAUUAUUACAAGUACGCCGUGGACGGGAUCAACGUCUUCGCCGUCAAUCUGCUUCCCUUGGUGAUUGUGACCCUGGCCCUGGGUUACGGAGACAAGCACAACUACCACACCAGCUCCGUCACCAAGUUCACCUUGGCCCUGCUCUCCAUCAUGCCGCUCUCCUACUACAUCGGGAUGGCCAUUGCCAGCAUCUCCGCCCAGAGCAACUUUGCGGUGGGCGCGGUGGUGAACGCCACCUUCGGCUCCAUCACGGAGCUGACCUUCUACAUCACGGCGCUCAUCAAAGGCUCCCGGGAGAAGAACAAGUGCUACGGGGAGAUCGUCAAGUCCGCCUUGACCGGCACCCUCCUGGGCUGCGUCCUCUUCAUCCCCGGGCUGUGCAUGGUCAUCGGAGGCAUCCGGCACCAAGAGCAGAGGUUCAACAGCCGGUCCGCUGGAGUCAGCUCUGCCCUGCUCUUCCUCUCCGUUGGAGAUAUAUAUGUAUGGUUUCUCUUGUUUCCCAUGAGGCCCCUGGUCUACACCGUCUCGCUGCUGCUUCCCGUGGCAUACAUCAUUGGGCUCGUCUUUGCCUUGAAGACGCACUCGCACAUCUACGACAUUCACGUCAGCGACUGCCACUUGCCGGGCCACCACCACAGCGCCGUGGUGCACUGGUCGCGCUGGAGGGCCAUGCUCAUCCUGCUUCUGGCCACGCUCUGCAUGUCUGCCUGCGCGGACCUGGCCACCGAACACAUCAGCCCCAUCCUGGAAAACUCGCCCGUGUCUCAGUAUUUCAUUGGCGUGACGGUGCUUGCGAUGGUCCCAGAGCUUCCGGAAAUCGUCAACGGGAUCCAGUUUGCGCUCCAGAACAAUCUCAGCUUAAGCAUCGAGAUUGGGAACAGCAUUGCCGUCCAGGUGUGCAUGCUGCAGAUCCCCAUCGUGGUGCUCUUCACCGUCUUCUAUCCGACGGAUUUCAUCUUGGUCUUCAGCGACCUCCACGUUUACGCCAGCAUUUUCAGCGUGGUCCUCAUGAAUUACAUCUUCAUGGAUGGCAAAUGUGACUACUUCCAAGGUACAGUGCUGGUGAUGGUCUACUUCAUCCUCAUGGCCGUGUACUACUUUGCUCCUUCUCCCGCCGGAUGCUGAAGUCUUCACUCCACCGGACUCUUCGUUGUCUUGCCUUCUUGUUUCGGAAAGGCAGCUGCCUCCUUGUAAGCCAAGGAAAUGUCAAUCUCUGGGAAUCUGGCUGGAUAUGGCUUCCUUUCUAAAUCCAGGGAGCCACCACCUGCAGACUCCUCCCAACGUUCAUCUCCUUUGGAUUGGGAGCUGACAAAGGUAUGCCGAGUCUCUUGGAAAUUACCAAGAAAAGGAUGAAAAGGACUCGGUUUUCCAAGAAGAUCCCAAUAAGAUAAGUUCUAUGACUUUGAAAAACUCUUGUUGGGAUUGUGUUGCGUCUUGUGUGACAUCCAGCCAUUGACGGCUGCCUCUGGUCCCUUUGCUGCUGAGAGACAGGAGCUCUCACUUGGCUUUAAAUGGAGCACAAUAAAAAAGUAGUCUUAUUUUGAA